GGAUGUGCAAUAAUAUAUCGAACAAAUUUGACCCCCCCAUUUCUUCCUUAGACGCUUUUGUCCCAUUCUGACCGCUUCCCCUAAACGUCUUAGUGCGAUUUGGUUCCAAUAGGAGAAGUCCAAUAGGAGGCCUAUGUCACGUGGAUUAUACAUCACAUACCCCACCUAGUUAUCCCACCAUCGAUAAAGCCCACUACCCUCUCCACAAUUCACGAUAAACUGUUUAGUGACGAACUAUACAGUCCAAGCUUUCCCAAAUCCGCCAAGGUAAGACGUUUAAACCAUGACCAGUUUUCGUGAUAACCACUAGUCCACCGUGGGUAGCUAUCCACCCCCUUCCCUGUCGAUCCUCCAGCUCGCCCAACUCUACCCGGAAGAAGAAAUGAAGCGCAAUCGAUGGAGGCAGUAUUGGUCGUAUAACCUGAACGGCGUAAUUCAAAAGAGCCAAGAUGACCUAUGUAUUUAGAGGAAGCAAUGCAGGUUGCUGGAAUCAACUUAUGGCCCACAGUCAUCUUCCCCUUGUAGCGAGAGCAAGCGUCUUAUGCCUGAGGCAAAAGUGUACGUCUCCACAGCGGGCUCGGUAUUUAAUUACUCUGGAAACCCGCCGCUUUCUGAAGCGGGGUUGCGCACCUUUCCCAUGGACAAGCUUCUUGACUUCGAGUUGGCGGCCUAGUCGUGAUGGACGGCGCUCUCGCUGUUUCGGAUUUCCAUCGUAUCGCGGUGGAGACUUAUCCAGAUUUGCCUCCCCACCAAGCCAUCUUGAAAUUUCACCGCGAUAACUACGAACUCAUACCUGAACGAAUCCGCUUACAGAUAUCUGACUUGGUGAAGGAAAUCAGUGAACGUUUACACUUUAAUCGCAUACUUGGGUGGGGAGGGACAGAGGCUGACACAGCAAACGAAUCACUAUCAAACAUCCUCGACUAGAUGAGAGGACAGAACGAGCUUUUGAAGAACAUUCAAAGCCAACUAAAGAUCUAUCAACGACCGGACAUAUUUGGGCAGCUAGCUGCAAUCUCAACUUCCGCUGCAGCCGUCUAUCAGAUAAAAAGAUUGGCAGAUCAGACCGAGCGUGUUGCUGGCUUUCUGAAAGGCAUCGAGCAGAAUUUGAGCUCACACCACAUCCGCGGUGAACAUUUUCCUCAACAUGUUCAUUCGUACAUACGGUUAUUGAUUGAGAGAUACACUUCCGAUACCGUUCCUCACUAUUUCACUGUACUCAACAACAGCGAUCUGUGGCAUCCCAAGUUUGCCGAUAUUCAGCGUGAAGAUCCACUAGGCCCAUUAUAUCUCGGACAUAGAACGGACCUCGACGAACCAUGCGCAUUUCUGGCAGAAGAAGUACGCCCUUAAGUUGGACUAAGUGCUGUUUUACACGUUUUGAUGCCUACAGUUGAUCCUUUAUCUCUUGAAGAGGCGAUCAAGUUUCCAGAGGCCAUGCGUCCAUUCAAGAUCGACGGGCAAACUGGCCACGGGGGAACAAAAUUUGUGUACAUCUGUACCCUAGAAGUACAAGACCAGGAAUGCCUGAGCGGUGUCGGAGUUCUCAAACAAAGGGAGAUUUGGAGGAUGGAAGGAGGGAUAGGGAUUCCUUUCACCCCGCUGAUUGCGUCUUUUGAUAAAUAUUUCGUCGAUCCCGGUUACAAGGUUACCACUGAUGUGGGCUUGAUACUCGCCGGUGGGGGGUACUAUUCUUGUGGACUCAAGCCUCCAAGGACCUUAGGUCAGCGGACAACACGACCGUGGUCUUGAGAUACUGAAUCACUGGGCAUCAUAUUAAAGGCUCAUCCUAGUUACUGUAUGAGUGCGCAAAGACGAGAGUCGUCCCUAGACAAUGUCUUGUGUGUUCAGAAUCAUUCGAAUAGUUUAGAUAGACAGGACACCGAUUUAGUACUACGUAGAUUGGUGUGUUACUGGCGUGCGAGUCUCAUAUAUGGAAGAGCCCCCUGAGUCUAGGCAACGAUACAUAUGAUUUACGAGCGUAUUGAAUGUGCGGAAUCGCAUUACCUCAGGGAGAAAAUUACACGAGCCAGGGUUAUUCCGGAUCUAGCCGUAUAUAGACUAGGAAAUUAUUAGCGCUGUCUCAGAGGAAAGACAAGAGAGUGUGUGUUGUUACU